CUUAGUCAUUCUCUUCAACUAGCUUUCUGGUUGCUUUCUAUUUAUGCCAUAUUGCCAGAUGGUGGUUUAGCUCCCGGAGGACCAGGAACAGAGGAUUUUGAUCUCUCUACAGAUCCAUCUCAACAGGACAUCUUCAGGCCCAACCCAAUAGACUCUUCGGGGAUUCGGAUACCUGCUAUUUUAACCACUUUGGUUGAGCAGUUCGCCGAACAUUGUCAUGAGACUUGGGCUCAGGAGCUAAUGGAACAGGGAUAUCAGUUUGGUCCUGUGGCUGAUGAUGUCAGAAAGACACAUCCGAAUUUGAGGACCUUCCACACACUACUACCGAAUGCUUCUUGUGUGCUUGUUCUGUAUCUUGAGUUGAUUAUCUUUUAG